AUGCAUCGCCUGUGUGUGAUAGCCAUUGCGGCAUUAUUUGGGUCUGCCCACGCCCAGGUAGCAGGCUACGGGCAAUGUGGUGGUACUGGCUACUCUGGAAGCACGACAUGCACAUCGGGCUAUUAUUGUGCCUCGCAGAAUCCUUAUUAUUACCAGUGUGUUCCUGGAACUGCAACGACCAGCACGACAACCACGUCAAAGACGUCUGUCACGACGACUACUACUACAACUUCUAGCUCGAGUUCAACAUCAACUACGCUGAAGACGACUACUUCUCAGACAGCGACUCAAACCUCCACUUCUACUGGAGCGGCCACUUGCACUGGGACAUUCAGUGCAAUUUCGGCAUCCGACUUUGUUGCGAAGCUCCAUCCCGGUUGGAAUCUCGGAAAUACUCUCGACGCAACCCCAGAUGAGGGUUCCUGGAAUAAUGCACCAGUUGUGGCCUCUACUUUCAGCGAUGUGCAAAACGCUGGCUUUAAGAGUGUUCGCAUUCCGGUUACCUACGCGUACCACUUCACUGGCAGCUCUCCAGACUGGACUAUUGACCCAACUUGGCUCGCUCGAGUUUCUGAAGUAGUCGAUAUGGUCACUUCAUUGGGUCUAUAUGCCAUUGUGGAUGCUCACCAUGAUUCUUGGAUCUGGGCCGAUGUGACUGCCUCCGGUGCCAACUUGACCAUGAUUGAAGAGAAAUUCUACCGAUUGUGGUAUCAGGUUGGAACUAAGUUGGCCUGCAAGUCGAGUCUCGUUGCCUUUGAGCCGAUUAACGAGCCUCCUUGCAAUACUGCAACUGAUGCUGCUGAGAUCAACAAGCUCAACCAGAUCUUCCUUCAGGCCAUCAAUGAUGCGGGUGGCUUCAAUCCUCAGAGAGUUGUGACUCUUGUUGGAGGUGGCGAAGAUAGUGUCAAGACUUCAGAGUGGUUUGUUGCACCGACUGGGUUCUCGAACCCGUACGCUAUUCAGUUCCACUACUAUAGUCCUUAUGAUUUCAUCUUCAGCGCAUGGGGCAAGACUAUCUGGGGAUCAGACACUGAGAAGGCCACCGUGCUGUCAGACUUCACAUUGAUACGCAACAACUUCACAGACGUCCCCAUCCUAAUCGGCGAAUACGAUGCUUCACCAACAAACACCGAGCCAGCUGGCCGCUGGAAGUAUGUGGACUAUCUAAUCCGUUCAGCUCGUAGCCUCAACUUUGCCUGCGUUCUUUGGGACAAUGGCCUGGAUCAUCUAGACCGAAAUGCAGGCACCUGGAGAGAUCCCAAUUCCAUCUCGAUGAUCACAAAGUCAACAGCUACUUCGGCAAACAGCUUACCAGAUAGCUCCGAGGAUGCAUCUGCAACCUCUCAGUGGUCUUCAGCUUAUAUCUUCCACCAAUACGGAACUAACGUGGUGGCACAGAGUCUUCCAUUUAUCUUCAAUGGGAACACACUUACUUCGAUCAGCGACUCGACUGGUUCGACUCUGACAUCCGGCACAGACUACUCCGUCUCGGGCGCUAACAUUACUUUCACUGCUUCCUAUCUUUCCAAGCAUAUUACCUCGACGACUGCGCCUGGCAUCAUUGCUAAUCUCACACUGACCUUCUCGGGUGGCCAGUCAUCGCCAGUUGUCCAGCUUGUUCAGUGGAAGGCGCCCACUCUUUCGUCGACCUCUGCGGUUGCUUCUUCAGUUUCUGGUGCCGAUCUCAGCAUCCCCGUUACUUGGGGUGGUCUCCCCGAGAUUGCAGCUGUCAAGGCAUUGACUACCAGCGGAGUAUACCUGGUGGAUGACUGGACAGUGUAUCUAGGCCCGUUGCAGCAGGCUAGAACGACCUACAGCAGCCAGUAUAACUGGGAUUCAUCCCACGUUAUUAUCACUUCUUCUGCGAUCAGCUCGGUGAUUUCAGCUGGAGUGUCUACUGUGUUUACAUUCGAGUUCUACCCGCGGGUUGAAGGUGGCGUCAACUCUGUCAACUUCACCUUGACCGUCUAG